CGCUGCCCUCUCUCCCUCUGUAUCGGUCUGUAAGGCCAUACGGGGGAUCUUUGUCUCUGUGUGCCCAGGAGGUGCCUGUGUCGUUCGUUACCUUGGCUGCCCGGCAGGGCAGACACUUGAGGAGUGCCCUUACAGUGGGGUAGAGACCCGAGCGCAAUUUCUCGUCCUAUAAUUACACCCGCUGACGUGGAUUUCAAACACAGCAGUGUGAACAGGACGCGAUGGAUCAAGGACUGAGCGGGGAGGCAGACGAAACGGAAAGUGACCAGGUGCGCGAGCAGGAACGUGACCAGCCGCCCGACCACGUGCGCGAAAAGGAUUCGACAGAGGCUGGGCCGGCGGCGGUACGCGAGUACCGGCGGGCGUGCGGCCGCCUCGGCGUCGUGGCCUGCUCGCCCCUGCUCCGGGCCCUCACCUCCUCCACCGUGUCCAUGAACCACCGUGGCCUCGGGCCCCAGGAGGCCAGGGCCCUCUCCUGCGCGCUGGUGGUGAGAGUUCUCCUGACCACGCAAUCUCCGCAAGUGUGGCCAACGCCAAUGCUGCUGGAUAAUAUCGGUGUGGGGCAGUGUUCUUUAUUGCAAGGCCUGAGGCCCACUGGCUGCCCCUGGUGGCCUUUAGUGCGGCCCUUGACAAUGCACAUUUGUGCAGACCAACAGGUGCGUCACCUGCAGCUCAGAGACAACUUCCUGACAGGGGAGGCGGCGCGACACCUGGCCGACAUGCUCACCAAGAACUGCUGCAUCGAGGUCUUGGACCUGGCAGACAAUCGCCUGGAGGCUGCGGGGGCAGAAGCCAUGGCUAAGAUGCUGGGAGACACCACCAGCCUGCGGGUCAUCAACCUGUCCGGAAACCACUUUAAGGACAACGACGUGAAGUGUCUUGCCGACGCGAUGUCCUCCAAUUACAGCGUCAAGGAGCUGGACCUAAGCCACAACGAGUUCAGUGAGAUGGGAGGAGAACACCUGGGCCAGUUGUUAGCGCACAACGAGACCCUGGAGGAGUUGGAGCUCAGCUGGAAUCACCUGCGGCUCAAGGGCGCGGUGGCUCUGUGUGCCGGCCUGCGUGUGAACUACGCGCUCACCCACCUCCACCUGUCCGUGAACGGUCUCGGGAACGAGGGCGCCCUCGCCAUGGCCGAGGCUCUCAAGUUCAACGGGGCCCUGCUCCACCUCGACCUGCGCAACAAUCGCAUCGGCAACACCGGCAUGGAGGCCCUGGCGCGUGGCCUGCUCACCAACGACAGUCUCCGGGUGCUGCAGCUCUGCUUCAACAUCUUCACUGUGGAGGGAGCCCUCGUCCUGAUCAAAGCAGUCAAGGUCAACGAGCACUCUGCGCUGGAGAGGCUUGACAUGUCUACGGUGCGUGUGAACCAGGGAUUCCUGCACACCGUGUCGGCAAUCCGGCGCACGCAGGGCCUCACGGUUCUGCAUUCGGGGGUCGGGGGGCCCCUGGCGAGGAAACCCAAACCCCGGACGGACCCCAUGAAGCUCAUUCAGGAUUACCUGGUGGAGCACAAACUGCGGCUUUGGGAUUUCUUUCGCUCCGCCGACAAGGAGGGCACCAUGAAGAUUUCCAGCGACGACUUCCGCAGAGCCGUGCAGCACCUGAGCAUCCCCCUGGACAAGCACCAUCUGGACGAGCUCAUGCUGAAGCUGGAGAGGGACAAGGAUGGCCGCAUUGACUACAGGCGAGACCCGCGGCUUCCGCCAAACGCGCGGAGAGACAUGCGCGUGCCGUUGCAUAUGCCCCGAUGAAGAAUUAACCACCAAUGUUUUUUUGGGAGGACGAAUGUAAAAUGCCAGAUUAAGUCUCCCACGUCUCCCCCCCUUUGUCCUUUCAGAGGCCCGGUGCAGACAUGCCCCAUCUGCACCACCUCCCCUCCCACUUUACGACUUCAAACAUUGGCAUCUUCUCCAACAGCUAUUUGAUUGCCAUGGUUCCACUGUUUCCUGAGCGAGUUCCAAGCAAAGAUUUCUCAAUCUCAUGGCAAGACUCCAUCAAGCGCAUUUGAUAUACAAUUAACAUAAUAACCCUGUCCUGACUUUUGGGCCACCCCAAAUAUAGCCGUGAAGAAAAGCCCAAGCAUUUUGCAGCAUUUAUAAUGUAAAAAUGUUCUAUCGCAUCCAGCAGUUUAAGCUUAAGUCAACUGGCAGGUUACAUGUGGUGGGGUAAAGUGUGGGGGACUCCCACCUCUUCCAAGACGUCGGGCCAGUGAGGAA